UUACGUUUCCCACUUUAUUUUAUAUACAAAAGAACGUUCUCCAACUCUUUGCGUCUUUAUAGUUAUUUGAUCAUUACGCGAAUCGUGUGUCAGUGCAACUUUAUAUAUUCGUGCAUAUACAGUGACUAUUUUUCCUUUACUUCUCUCUCUCAUUCAAAACAAUAUAAUUGUGUGUUAUUCACGCAAUAUUGUCAUUCAUUAACAAUCACAAAUUUAACCAAGAUGUUGCUAAUUCAUCCAACUGAGGAAAUGUCCAAGACGAUUAGGCAGGAGUUAAAUGAAAAUGUAGAAACUCGAGACAAAGAUUUGGAAACUAUAAAGGAAUGGCUAGCCAAACAACCUCAUUUACCUAAUUUAAAUGAAGCGGAUGACAAUUUAAUAAUGACAUUUCUACGGGGAUGUAAAUUUUCUUUAGAAAAAUGUAAAAGAAAAUUGGACAUGUAUUUUACAAUGCGAACACAUAUACCAGAAUUUUUUAACAACAGAAGUGUUUCGAGUUCAAACAUGAAAGAAGUACUUUCAGCUGUUCAAGUACCUCCACUACCUGGACUAACGGAAAAUGGACGCCGUGUAAUUGUAAUGAGAGGAAUGGAUAAAAAUCGUCCAACGCCAAAUGUUGCCGAAGCAAUGAAAUUGGUAUUAAUGAUUGGUGAUGUAAGACUGAAAGAUGAAAUUGUCGGUGUUGCUGGUGAUGUUUAUAUAUUAGACGCCAAUGUUGUGACACCAAAUCAUUUUGCCAAAUUUACACCAGCGCUUGUAAAAAAAUUUCUCAUCUGUGUUCAAGAAGCAUAUCCUGUUAAAUUAAAGGAGGUUCAUGUUAUUAAUGUCAGUCCAUUAGUUGAUAAUAUUAUUAAUUUUGUGAAACCAUUUCUUAAGGAAAAAAUUCGUAAACGAAUAUUUGUACACAGUACAAUGGAUACACUUUAUAAAUGUAUUCCUAAAGAAAUGCUACCCAAUGAAUAUGGAGGCAAAGCUGGUCCAAUACAAACAAUUUUUGACGAAUGGAUAAAAAGAUUAGAAGAAUAUGAAACAUGGUUUAAGGAACAUGAUUCACUGAAAGCAGAUGAGGCUCAACGGCCAGGAAAACCAAAAACAUAUAAUGACUUAUUUGGACUCGAUGGAUCAUUUAGAAAAUUACAAAUUGACUGAAAAAAACAAGUAUUCCUAAAAUUUUGUUCAUUAACGCUCAAAUGUGUAAAAAAAAUUUUUAAUUUAUAAAUAUUUGAGCAUUAAUGGCUUAUUGUGAUGUAUAAAAUUAUUAUUUUUUUUGAUUUAUUUCAUCUUUUAGAUUCCAAAGUUUGGUUUGAUUUUAAUUUGGAAAAUAAAAAUUUUUCGGAAAUAAAAAAUAUUUGAGAAAACUUUUAA